UCUUUUUCCAGCUGUGUGAUACUAACUGUGUAGCGAAGUGUGGCUGCUAAACACAAGGAUGUACAAGCCGUGGAUCGUGGUAAACAUAGUCAUUGUGUCUUACCUACAUCUGCUGCGAGGAACUGAACAUGGGUCUGUAAAGAGAACAGCACUUUCUGCCUUGGAGUGGUCAGAACAACAGAUUAGGAAGGCGGCUAGUUUAGAAGAGCUCCUUCGAAUUACCCACUCUGAGGACUGGAAGCUGUGGAAGUGCCGAUUAAAACUCAAGAGUGUAGCUGCCUUGGAUUCAAGAUCUGCCUCACACCGCUCCACAAGAUUUGCAGCUGCAUUCUAUGAUAUUGAGAUGCUUAAAGUUAUAGAUGAGGAGUGGCAAAGGACUCAGUGUGUGCCACGGGAAACCUGUAUAGAAGUGGCUAAAGAGUUGGGUGCAGGCACCAAUAAGUUCUUCAAGCCUCCUUGUGUGAAUGUCUACAGAUGUGGAGGAUGCUGCAAUGAAGAGAACCUCAGCUGUAUGAACACUAGCACCUCUUAUGUGUCCAAAAUGCUCUUUGAGAUUUCUGUACCUUUAACAAAUGUGCCAGACCCAAUUGAAGUCAAAAUUGCAAACCACACAGGAUGUAUGUGCCUAACAAAUAUUCAGCGCCAAUCAUAUUCUGUUAUACGAAGAUCUGUUCAGGAUCCAGAGGACGAUCGCUGCCCCCACAUAAACAGAUUGUGUCAUGAAGGAUGGAUUUGGGAUAGCAGUAAAUGUGAAUGCAUUAUUGACAAAGACCAUCCUGGAAGAAAGGAAGGCCUCCCUUCACUUGCUGAACUUGCAAUGUGUGCACCAAAUAUGGACUUUGAUGAGGAAAACUGUGAGUGCAUCUGUAAAUGGAAGUGCUCUGGGAAUUUAUUUCAGAACAAAGAGAACUGUAGCUGUUACUUGUGCACAGAGAGCCAAGAAAGCUGCUUUCAGAAACACAAGACAUUUAAUGCAGAAACAUGCAGUUGUGAAGAGAAAUGCCCAUUCCAGUCCAGAAUGUGUCCAACUACUCGACCAACAUGUUCAAGGCACUGCCGUUGCCUGAGGGGAGGAAGAGUCCCACAUGGGUCCCAAAGCAGAGAAAACCCUUAGCUGAGCUUUUAUCUCCUGUAUCAAGUACCACACUGCUUUGCAAAGUAUUUUUCUGUCACUGGCUUUUAAAUAAUAGUAAUCAUGGCUAUAUGGUUGACUGUACUGAUAGAAACACAACAUCCUCAUCAUUAAAAAGUUGGACCUGCAAGGAUGCUGUCAUUUAGACACAGACCUCGGCUACAAAAAUAAAUUUUUACUUUGUAAAGAGCCUCUAAAAGGAACCAAAUCAACUGCUGCUGUUGUUUGGGGGAAAAAUUGGUGUGGCUGAAAUAGAGAGAAUUGUCCCUCUGCAGCUUGGAAAUGCUGAAAUCUGUCCAUUGAUAUGCCUUUAGGGUAACAUUUUUAGGCUUGUGAAAGUUCCUUUCUCAAAUACAAUGAGCACUGAAUAUUUGAUCUACUGUUCAUGUUUCUUUUUAAUAUUUGGAUUUAUUGUAGAACUACUGCCUGGUGUGACAUAUUUAAAAUGUAUAUAGGUAAUAAAGGCAUUGAUUAUUGA